AUGAAGCAUUGGCUCGAUUCACUGUAUUCGGCUUCACCAGAUACUUCGUAUGAAGACGACUCGAUGAGUAAAUCAUUUCUGUUAAAUGACAUUUACAGUAGCACUGAGAGUGAGGAUAACGACGCUGACGAUGAAUAUUCAAUGCGAGCAAGUUUGUUUAGUAUCAGUAAGUUGUACUUCGUUUUGUCAUUUCGAUAUCGUUUCAGUCUUUAA